UUAUCGGCUACGAAGAAGGGGAGGAAAAGGCCACGGGCGUACCUUCUGGCCAGUGCGUUCCGAGAUUUCGCGGCGAGAGGACACCCGGACACCAGGUUUACACGGUACCCUUCGACAGAUUCGAACCCCCCCGCGGACGCGGUUCCACCUUUGUUCGUGUUUUUCGCCGGAUUGCUCGAGGAGGAGCGCGUGUUCCCAGGAACCGGCGCACACCGACGACUCUCGACAUGGCUUCGACGAUCAAGCUGGCGUUUGUCGCCUGCACUCUGCUCGUCUGCGUGGCUGCGGCGGAAUCGGAAGAAGGACAGGCUGGAAGAUCGCGAGUCACCGAUGAUCAGCUCAACUUGGCUCUGAGCGACCCGCGUUACCUGAGGAGACAGCUCAAAUGCGCCCUGGGAGAGGCGCCCUGCGACCCUGUCGGAAGACGUCUGAAAAGUUUAGCACCACUGGUUUUGAGAGGCUUCUGCCCGCAAUGUAGCCCCGAGGAAACACGACAGAUCAAGAAGGUCCUUUCACACAUUCAGCGAACCUACCCGAAGGAAUGGUCCAAGAUAGUGCAGCAGUAUGCCGGAGUCUCGUAAGACGAUGCACAAUGGCGACGAUCGGCCGGACGACGAUAAAAAGGGAUGAGGAACCGCGGACCAAGGAAAACGAGGAUCUGUUUAGAAUAGGCCUCUGGUAGAUCGUGCGUCUGGCAUCGACGUUACUUGUUACGAACGAGGGAUUAAAAAACGUCCUGCUCGUGCGUUCGAGGGGGCCUCGAGUCUUCGAUUCCGAUCCCCCUCGAACGCGUACACUCUCGUUCAGCAUUGUUAACCACUGUAAACAGUAUUUUAUACGCCCUGCUAUAAUAAUAAUAUAUCAUUCGAUUAAGUGUACUCUUCCAUACGCGGGCCCCAUCGAAGGAGCACGAUAAAACAAUCAAAUUCACAAUCCUUUCGAGAGUUAAUUGAUUAAAGACAUUCUCUAGUCUGGAACCUUACAAAAUUGUCUAAACUUCCAAGAAAAAUUGUCAAUCUUUGAACUUUAAUCAUUUUUCCCCCAAUUUGUCGUGCAACCAGUUUAAAGAGAAAAGUUUCGCCGUUGCAACGAGGCCCUCAAAGUUGCUGUACGAUUUUUUGUUGCCGAGUUAUGACGUUUUGAAUGAAAAGUGUACCGCCGAUAUUAUAC